AUGGCGUCCUCGAAGGAGUGCACAAAAGUGAGUGUUAUUUCGGUCAAUCUACAUGGUUUCUCGCAGAAUUUUUUGCUCAGUAAAAUGAGAAAAAUUUCCUAGGACAUUUGUUUUGGUUUGUGUGAAAUUCGAUCGGUUUCACAUACGUAUUUGUUGACAUAUUUUGAUGCAAACGCGAUCGUAAUUUUACGAUCACUUGACCGUGUCAAAUUUGAAUAUCGCACGAUAAAUAUACAAAGAAUUUGAGCAUCUAUUGAUGUUUUAUUCAUAUUUUUUGCUUUAGAAUCUUCGUCCCAUAUUCUUAAAAGACUCGAGGGGAGAGUUGACCCUAAACUACACGGAGGAAGCGCGACGUUUCAGGAAUAUUUGUAAGUCGUCGAGCGAAAGCACACAGCUUUGUCUGGAUGCAACGACAGUCCGAACAAACGCGGAGGCCGAAGUUCGACGGCUCGGAGGGAGCGUGAGCGACGAAAUAAAUGUCCUUGGCCAAUAUAUUCUGCAGUUUGGCAUGUUCAAAGGCCAGUCCUUCAAAUGGCUGCUGGAAAACGGCAUUGGAUAUGCUGGCUGGUUGGUGGAUAACAUGCGAUUUGAGCCUGUGACUACAGCACCGUUGUCCAUCAACAAGAACGAAUUUAAAAAAUACUUGAACAGCUUUGCGGAAGGUCGCAGCGUUGUGGCAACAAAGAAGCAAGAACGGCUGAAGAAAAUAGGUAAGAUAUAAAACUACAGUAUGUAUAUUUCAAAAGAUAUGAGAAUAUUUAAAAUUAUUAAGUGAAUAUGUCAAAUAUGUGCUCUGCUUGUGUUAUUCAUAUGUCUAGAGUAAGUCAUAUGUUUCAUGUUUGUAUCAUUGUAUUUAGAAACAUCAACUGCCAUGUUAUCGUCCCGCAGCCCUGCAGCGAUCGCAGCCCAGCUGAAGAGGAGGUUCUCCCAUGCGACCAUUCAACCAAACGUGCCUCUGAAAGGUUUGUGUGUUUUAAUGUCAAAACUAUAUAUUAUAAUAGGCUGAAGAUAUUAUAAAAUUAUAGACCGCAAAAUCAAAACAAUUUCAAUUUCUCUAACACAGUUAAAGCGGUUCAGUCGCCUGUAGAUAUUGUGCCAGAUGACAUUCCACAUGACGAACUGCUUUCGACAGUCGCCAGGGUUGAAGCUGCUGCUGCUGCACAAGAGAAAUCGAUAGGUUUGAAAAAAUUUAUUUGAGUGAUUUUUGAUAGAAUUUAUUUAGUGAUUUGCAGAUUCAGUAUUAUAGGAAGUUGUAUCUUAAAGGUAGCAUAAAUUUCUUGUAGGCACUGCAACCAAAUCUAGUGAGAGUAGUGUGUGCUUGAUUGAUGGUUGGAAGCAGACCUUGCCAGCCGUCAACCACCAGUGGGUGUCCUCUGCCUUGUUUAAGAUGUCGAACAAAGGGAAACCUUCGUUUGACAGUGCAAAGGUCACCCAAAUGUGGUUCUACCCCCCUCCACCAUCCCUCCUACCUAGCCAACCACCAUCUGUGAGCAGGUAUUUUGCCCAACGCUUGCUAGUCUGGAUGCCGAGAAAGAUGUGGCAAGUGAAGCUGCACUGUCCGCACCCUGAAUGUGAGCAACACCCGUUGACGAGUGCCGGUGUGUACCCGAGAGUGAGACAGGUGCUGGAUGUGGAUGGCUAUUACAUUCUGGCAGCAGAGUACUUGGAGUGUCUCAAAUGUGGCAGGAAGCUGAUCAGUUGGAGUCCGGCAAUCAUCAAACAACUUGAUGUUGGACACCAGCUGCAGUUUCCGGUCUUGAUGACACACAAGUACGCCUGUGAUGUUAGGGUUGUGCGCCUACUGCGGCAGAGGGGACUUGGAAACAGCUCCACCCAGCUCUUCUGCAAAUUGGAGGAACAACACGAAGAGGCAUGGCUGAUAAAGUGUGCCCAGUACCUUUCAGAUUGCCAGCAUUUCACCAAGGCCUGCGCUCGGGGGAUUAUUACCCUCUUCAACCCCGAAAACCCACCACAGCGAACUCCUGUCCCAAAGCCCAAUUGGCUGUUGACGAGCUAUUGUCAGGAUGUCCUUUCCCGUGUCGAUGAGGUCAAGGCUCAGAUUACAUCCAUCUUUGGAAGAGUUCUUAAAAUCGACUUAACGAAAAAGGUGAGUUUUCUUUCCAAAAACUUAUCAAACUCUAUGUAGGAUCAAAUAGUAAUAACACAAUAUUCAAGCGUGGUUGCUCAGAAGGGAGUCAUUUGAGGGUUCAAAUCCUUCACCAGGCAAAAGUGUGUUAUAUUAUUUCCUACCAUAGAGUUAUGGAUUCUAUAUCUAAUUACCAACUACCAAAAUAAAUAAUUUUAUAAAAAUAAAUCAGUUUUGUAAUAUGGAUUAUUCUGUUAAAAGAUUGUCAAGAAACUCGCCGGGAAUGCUGCAUUCACUGCUGCAUGGGCUACCAACGUCGGCAACGAGUUUGGUCAGGUAUUGGUGAGUGUCCUUACUGCUGCUGAGGGUAAUGGCCUGAACGACAUGGCAGCUGGUCUCGUUGGCCGUUACGAGAAAGCUGGUGUGAGUCCCCCGGAACUUAUUUACACGGAUCGCGAUUGCUGUGGUGCAGGCGGAAUCAAAGCCAUGUUUCCUGAAUGGAGUGACAUAUGUGUGAGGUUGGACAUAUGGCACUUCAUGAGGAGGAUUGCUUCUGCCUGUACCACAGAGUCGCAUCCGUUGUACGCAACGUUCAUGGGGCGACUCUCCCAGUGUAUAUUUGAAUGGUCAACGGAGGAUCUUGAGAACCUGCAAAUCGCAACGUCGAAAGACCUGGGCGUUGAAAAAGAUCAUCCGCUGGUAUUCCAGGCAAUCUCGAAGAAAUCCCUGGCCCGCCAUUGUCGUCGCCGUACUCGUGGUGUCGAGAAAACCGCUACCCUGCUAGCUGAACUGAUACACGUCUUCUCUGGCGACCAAGGCAAAGAUACUCUCGGUGUGCCGCUCCUGGACAGUGACAAGAUAUGGGAGAUCUGGCAGUCGCAGGAGCACCACAUUGCAUGUUUACAAGAUCCCGAUGGUGUUCAAUUAUACACCCAAACUGGGACUGUGGUGAAAGGUUUGUUUGUCACUGAACUAUCAUCAAAUAUCGUAGGUGUAAGUAUAGUUGACAAAGUAGUUAAUAACUGUUACCACUCUAUACUUAAUUAA